GUGUUGUGACCGAGUUCCCAUGUAAACAAACGCACUCGACGAUAAUUACCCAAAUACCCUCUCACCUCGGUCAAAUUUCCCACAACCAACCAUUUCCCGAAACCAAUCGAAUCAGAGGGAGAGAGAGAUGGAGCACGAGAGCUCAGAGAGGAGGAACAGAGCUCGGCUGGCGAUCAUGGAGCUAGCCAACAUGAUCAGUGUCCCGAUGUCCCUCAACGCCGCCGUCAAACUCGGCGUCGCCGACGCAAUCUGGUGCGGCGGAGCGAACUCUCCUAUCUCCGCCGCCGAGAUUCUCUCCCGUUGUUGCGGUGGGGCUGGAGGUCCGGAGAAUCUCCAGCGGAUCCUCCGUAUGCUCACAAGCUAUGGCGUCUUCUCCGAGCACUUCUCCGGCGACAGCGAGAGGAAAUACUCUCUGACUGACGUCGGAAAAACCCUCGUCACCGACUCCGACGGCCUCUCCUACGGUUCCUACGUUCUCCAACACCACCAGGAGGCGUUGAUGAGGGCGUGGCCGUUGGUGCACACGGCGGUGGAGGAUCCGACGAGAGAGCCGUACGUGAAGGCGAACGGGGAGCCAGCGUACGCACAGUACGGCAAGAGCGAGGAGAUGAACGGCCUGAUGCUGAGGGCCAUGUCCGGCGUAUCCGUACCGUUCAUGAGGGCUAUUUUGGACGGCUACGAUGGGUUUAAAUCCGUGGAGCAUCUGGUAGACGUAGGUGGUAGCGCAGGGGAUUGCCUCCGCAUGAUCCUUCGGAAGUUCCCCAAUGUUCGUCAAGGCAUCAACUUUGAUUUGCCUGAGGUUGUUUCUAAAGCCCCUCCCAUUCCUGGUGUGACCCACGUCGGUGGAGAUAUGUUUAAGUCGAUUCCUUCGGGUGACGCCAUUUUCAUGAAGUGGGUAUUAACGACAUGGACCGACGAAGAAUGCAAGCAGAUAAUGAGGAAUUGUUACAAUGCAUUACCUCCCGGAGGAAAGCUCAUUGCUUGUGAGCCGGUUUUGCCUAAGGAAACCGAUGACAGUCACCGGACCCGAGCUUUAUUAGAAGGCGAUAUCUUCGUUAUGACGAUCUAUAGAUCUAAAGGUAAGCAUCGGACCGAAGAAGAGUUUAAACAGCUCGGUCUUGCCUCGGGUUUCUCUCUCUUUCGACCUUUCUACAUCGAUUAUUUCUACACUGUCUUAGAGUUUCAGAAGUGAAGGUGACGCGGGUUUUGGUUGGAUUCUUGUUCUUUCGAUUCACGUAUUGGGAUAAUGUUAUGAAUCUUAAGUUAAUUACGUUUCGGAAUAAUAAUAAUCAUAGACUAUGGCUUUUGUGUUUUUGAUCGCUAGUUCACUUAUUGGGUUUUGUUCGAACAUCA